AUGAAGUUGACCAUUUGUAUGGCAUUGUUUUGUGGUAGUGUCUACGCAGCAACAACAUCCAAUCCACGUCCUGAAGAUGUCGAAGUCGAACUUACAACACCGAAGCCAAUAGGAUUUUCGGAAACCGGAAUGGAGAAGCUAAUGCGCAGAUUUGACCAAUUGGAUCGUAAGUUAUUGGAUCUGCAAAAUGUGGUAAAGCGUCACGAAAACACUAUACAACGCUUGGAGCAAGACGUCGGUAGAAACUUGAGUGUCAUCCUUGAUCAACAAACGUCUUGCGCAACCCUGGAACAGGCGUUGCAUUCCUUCAAAUCACGUACUCCGGAAUGUGUCACACCAACAAUAAAUGCAACGCAACCGAAGGAGGCUGAACUCCCAACUUACGCAUCGUGCAAGGAUGUGCCCGCAAAUGUUUCUGGAGUGUAUCUUAUCAGAAUCAACAACGCCAGUGCACCGUUUAAAGUGUAUUGUGAAAUGGAUAAAUUCGAAGGAGGAUGGAUUGUACUACAACAUCGCUUCAACGGUUCGGUUGAUUUUAAUCGGAAUUGGGACCAAUACCGAGACGGCUUUGGUGAGUUGGACAGCGAAUUCUGGAUAGGGUUGGAGCACAUCCACCAACUCACAACCGCGCGGAAAUUUGAAUUGCUGGUGGUGCUAAAGGACUUUUAUACCAACUACGGGUACGCCCGUUACAGUGCAUUCCAAGUGGGCAGUGAAAGUGAUCAAUACAGCCUUAAAACCCUGGGAUCGUAUAGCGGCACUGCAGGAGAUUCGUUGAUACAGCACAAGGGGAAGAUGUUCUCGACCAAAGAUCGCGACAAUGAUGAGUCUUUAACUGAUAAUUAUGCUGUUUCCUACGAAGGCGCUUGGUGGCACGGUGGUGGCUAUUCGAGUUUGAACGGACCUUAUGAGAAUAUUGAUGAUUUCAAUUCAAAUUGGUGGUUCACUUUGCGAAACGACAUUCGAGGAAUGAGCUUCAGCAGAAUGAUGAUACGCGAAAUAUAA